CUACAUAUUUGAAUUUUCGGUUUGCACUGCACCUCUCUUAUCCUCGCGCUACCCUUCUCACAUGAUUUUGAGUUUGAAAUAUCCAUUCCUCGCAGUGACCAUUACGUCCUUAAAAAAUAUCUCUAAAUUCGCAACUAGGAGGGUACUUUCGUCCACUCAUUAACGUCGCGCUCCCUAUAUCUUCUCCACUACCCUCGAAUCCCAAGUCCACUCUUCCCCUCCUCUCGAACCCUAGAUCCAGGGUUUAUAUCCAUUCACUCCAUUCUUCUCUCCCAAAGAUUUUCAAUUUUCAAUUUUUGUUAUUAUUGUUUUUGAAUUUUCUCAGAGGCCUCGACACUCGUAGAUCAUUACUCCGAAUCUCUCUUGCUCAGUGGAAGCUCAAAGCAUGGGUGAAAUCAGAGACAACGAUGGUUACGAAGAGGAGCUGGUCGAUUAUGAAGAGGAAGACCAAAAUGCCCCCAACUCCGUCUCCGCCAAGCCCUCUGGUGAUACCGUUAAAAAGGGCUAUGUUGGCAUCCACAGUUCAGGAUUCAGGGACUUCCUGUUGAAACCAGAGCUUCUUCGAGCGAUUGUGGAUUCUGGGUUCGAACAUCCUUCAGAAGUUCAACAUGAGUGCAUCCCUCAAGCUAUCUUAGGAAUGGAUGUUAUCUGUCAAGCAAAAUCUGGGAUGGGAAAGACCGCCGUCUUUGUUCUAUCUACCCUUCAGCAAAUAGAUCCAGUUGCUGGUCAGGUUGCUGCUCUUAUUCUUUGCCACACGAGAGAACUGGCUUACCAGAUUUGUCAUGAAUUUGAGAGAUUCAGUACCUAUUUGCCAGACCUGAAGGUUGCAGUCUUCUAUGGAGGUGUCAGUAUCAAGGUUCACAAAGACUUGCUGAAAAAUGAAUGUCCUCACAUUGUUGUUGGAACACCAGGGAGAAUAUUAGCUUUGGCAAGAGAUAAAGAGCUUGGACUAAAGAAUGUCAGACAUUUUAUUCUUGAUGAAUGUGAUAAGAUGCUCGAGUCACUUGAUAUGAGGAGAGAUGUGCAGGAGAUCUUUAAGUUGACUCCUCAUGACAAGCAAGUGAUGAUGUUUUCAGCAACACUAAGCAAAGAAAUCCGCCCUGUUUGCAAGAAGUUUAUGCAAGAUCCCAUGGAAAUUUAUGUAGAUGAUGAGGCCAAAUUGACACUUCAUGGUCUUGUACAGCACUACAUCAAAUUGAGCGAACCUGAGAAAAACCGCAAGUUGACUGACCUUCUUGAUGCAUUGGAUUUCAACCAAGUUGUUAUUUUUGUAAAAAGUGUAAGCAGAGCAGCUGAGCUGAACAAAUUACUUGCUGAUUGUAACUUCCCAUCUAUCUGCAUUCACUCUGGAAUGCCUCAGGAAGAAAGGUUGAAACGUUACAAGAAUUUCAAGGAGGGGCUUUCAAGGAUUCUUGUGGCAACAGAUUUAGUAGGAAGGGGAAUUGAUAUCGAGCGUGUUAACAUUGUUAUUAACUAUGACAUGCCAGAUUCUGCCGAUACCUACUUACACAGGGUUGGCCGAGCUGGUAGGUUUGGUACCAAGGGACUGGCAAUUACAUUUGUCUCUUCUGCAUCAGACUCCGAUGUUCUUAAUCAGGUCCAGUCAAGGUUUGAGGUGGACAUAAAGGAGCUUCCGGAGCAAAUUGAUACUUCUACAUACAUGCAAGUAUGAUAGUUUUUUUAUGUGAACGACGAGCCUUGCGAUUCAAAGGAUGGUGGACUUUGGAUCUGAUCAGCCUCUAGUUUUUAGUUAAUAGCAUUUCUUUUGAAUGUAGAAUACUAUCAUGACAGAAGAGGAUUAGGGUGCUUUUGAUGAUGUAUUUUUAUAUCCCCAUUUGAGUCCAACUUUAGAUUUGAUAGCGAGCAGAGAAUUUGUAAGACUUAAGCCUUCAGCUGAAUUUUGCUUAUGAUGGCAGUUUUAAUGUCAGAUUUCUUUUCUCCAAA